GUGGGGUGUGAGAGCAUUUGCUUGUUCUAUAAAGAAGUCAUACUUUCCCCUCUCAAAUGCCCACCUCUCUCUCUCUCUCUCUCUCUCUCUCUCACACACACACACACACACAACAAUUACAACUUUUCCUUUUCUUUUAUAUCCGCAUUUCUUUCUUUUUCUCUUUUCUUGUUCUUGUUCUUGUUCUUGUUCCCCCCUUGUUGAUAUUCUCUAUUUACUUAGAGGGAUUAAUAUAAGAAGGCAAUGUGGGAUGGUGGGGUUGUGGGCUCGAUUUGGCGUUUGAAGCCUGCCUCCCUCCCUUAGUUGGUUUUUAGGUGCUUUCGGGACUAAUUGGUUGCCUGCUUUUGACGAUGAUGGCGAAGCUUAAUUUUGUAAAGAACGGUGUGCUUAGAUUGCCUCCUGGGUUCCGCUUCCAUCCUACUGAUGAAGAGUUAGUGGUUCAGUACUUGAGAAGAAAGGUGCUUUCUUGGCCCUUACCUGCCUCUAUCAUACCUGAAGUUGAUGUUUGCAAAGCUGAUCCUUGGGAUUUGCCAGGUGAUUUGGAACAAGAGAGGUACUUCUUUAGCACAAGAGAAGCCAAGUAUCCCAAUGGGAACAGAUCCAACAGAGCCACACUUUCAGGAUAUUGGAAAGCCACAGGAAUUGACAAACAAAUUGUAAGUUGUAGUGGCAACCAAGUAGUGGGUAUGAAGAAAACACUGGUUUUUUAUAGAGGAAAGCCCCCAGAGGGAACUAGGACCGACUGGAUCAUGCACGAAUAUCGCCUUGUUACCGCUGACACCUGCAAUGCCCCACAUAAGAAGAACCAAACUCAGAACCAUGUGGUGGCAGUGGAAAAUUGGGUGUUGUGCCGCAUAUUUUUGAAGAAAAGAAGUGGUGCUACUAAAAGAGAGGAUGACGGCCUGCAAUGUUGCAACGAGAAGGGAGUUGGUAAAGCAAGGAGAAAGAGCCCUGUUUUCUAUGAAUUCCUGAGCAAGGAGAGGACAGACCUAUAUCUUGCCCCAGCAUCCUCCUCAUCUUGCUCCAGUGGGAUCACACAGGUGUCAAAUGAUAACGCGGAUGACCAUGAAGAAAGCAGCAGUUGCAAUAGUUUUCCUUAUUUUAGAAGAAAACCUUAAAAAAGCCACACUCACACUUUUGUUUUCUUGUCUAUAUCAGUAGUGGGGCUUUGAGUAGCCCUUCAGAAUAAUAACCUCUUUAAAGAAAAAGCAAUCAAGUGUUUGGUAA